UUCACUUCUAACAUGUGAAAAGAUAUUUAGGUAAAAUGAGCCAUAUACAAUUCAUAGUGUUCUUGUAUAUAUAUUUAGGUAAAAUGCCAACCUUUAGGUAUAACCAUGUAUACAUUAUUCAUUUGCUAGUGGAAUUUAGAUUUCACCUUGUGCUAUGUGAAAAGAUGAGGAAGAUGCAUUCUUGAGUUAUUAGUUUAUGCUCAUAAGAUGCUUGAUGAAAUGUCUCAUAAAAGUCUCUUUUUCUUAUACAUUGAGUGAGCGUUUUGUUUGGUUUUUUAGUAUUAUUUUUGUGAAUAUAGGUUGUUCAAAAGAUGCAAACUCCUAAGGAAUGUUGGUUUUAACAUAGGAAACAUAUUGUAUCAUUGUAUUAUUUAUUUCUUUUGUUAUUGAAAUGAAAGGUUUUGGUUAAUAUUUAUAUUCUUCAUCUAAGAUGGACGAGAAAAAGGAGCGGAGGAGAUUUCUUAAAAUCAGUGCCAUGUAAGGUGACAAGCUAAGUUGAAACUCAAUAGUAGUUCAAUGGUACAAAUGCAAAAAUGCAAAACUUAAAAGUUUUGUUGAUACCAUUGACCACUAGGCACUACCAAGAAAGUAAAUGAUAGAUAAACACAAUAAAAUAUAGAAAGGAGCAGACCUGGUGUAAGUAUAUUUGCUGGUGAAUUUACAAGUUCUCUUACAAACACUAUCCCGGAACUGACAUAUUGUGCAUAUUUCAGCCUUUUUAUCAUAGCAGCUCCAGAUCCAAGACCAAGAACAUCCACAGAUUGAAGUACAGUUGCUUUGGGGUUUGAUCUAUAUCUAUUGUCGUCAAAUAUCCCGUUGACAAUUCCUAUGAUACAGAAAAAAAUAACUUUUGCUGCAAAAGACACUGAUGUCUUGGAAUGGAAUGGAGACUUGCUUGCUGUGGGUGUCACAGAGAAAGAUGUGGUCAAGGAUGACAACAACAACUUCACCAAUCCACUUUUGCAAAAGUUGGAUGCACUCUUGGGUGGAUUGUUGGCCGAAGCUUCUUCAGAGGAAGAUUUCUGUGGAAAGUCAGGCCAAGCUAUUGUUCUUAGAGUUUCUGGUUUGAGCUUUAAGAGGGUGGGUUUAUUUGCGCUUGGCCAGUCAGCUUCACGUGCAGCAGCCUUUGUUGGUCUAGGUGAGGCCAUUGCAGCAGCAGCACAGGCAUCUCGAGCAGUUUCAGUUGCUUUUGCUCUUGCCUUCUCAGCGGACCUUUCGGAUGAAUGGAAGCCAGCCAUUGCCUCGUCCAUUGCAAUUGGAAUUGUCAACGGGAUAUUUAACGGUAGGGCAAGGAGGGACCGGAAGCGCAUGCGAAAGUGA